AAAUGAAAGUGAAAGUAGAGUUUGCUGUGGGGAGUUACAAUGGAACUCUGAAGACAUAUUUCUCCAUAUUUGUUCUCAUCCAUCAGACUACAGAAUAGUCGAGGACACUGUCGAAAACUAACAUGACCAAUAUAUCAAUAAUAUUGCAAUCCUUUCUUGCCUUUAGUUACGUUAUGCACGUCUAUGGAACAAGUUGUCCAGUUCUGGAGUGCUGGUUUGUCCAGGAGAAGCCAGGUGGGGGCUUCCAUGCUGCUAUGAGCCAGGAGAAGUCACUACUUUACAUCAAUACAGACCCAGACAGUGAAGAAACCAGGUCAAAGCAGGGACCACCUACAGACCAUGAUAGAGUCUACUACGUCACUGACCCAGCAGCUACCCUCUGCAGUUCUUCUCUGCACCCACCAGAAGGCUCAGUCCAGAAGUCACAGUGUGAGAUCAACCCCUUCAUGCCUCAGCCAUCCACUGUCCAAUGGACAGUCCCACUCACGGACUCUGCCCACAGUCCGAUCUACCUGCAAGCCGACUGGUACACUGCUGCCUUGCAGGGCUUUGACGGACAGCUGCGCCUCUCCAAUGUCUUGCGUGCUCCCACGGCAACCAAGGAACCCAAGGUGGUGCUCAGUGUGUCCAGUAGAACCUUCAUGAUCCGUUCCAGACUCGGGGAACCAGUUGUUCUAGACUGUGGGUUCUGGGUGGAUGCCUCUUCUCCUCUCUCUGGCUCUGGCUUCGCCGUGGAGUGGCGCUACCAGUUCAGGGGCGAUGGCCGUCUGGUCCUGGCCUACGACGGCAAGAGUGACCGAUUUGCAGAGACCCAGGAAGAGGGAGUGGGGCUAGACUUCACGGCUCUGCACGAGACAGGAGAUGCAUCACUGAUCCUGCAGGAAGCUCAAGUGCGCCACUCAGGAACCUACAUCUGCACGGUGUACUUGCCCUAUCUCUUGGCUCAGGUGGCAGUGGAGCUGGAGAUUGUAGGACAUCCAGCCAACUUGACACAACUGUGUGAAGCAUUGGUCAUCAUGGGCCAGCAUCCCUGUGGAACGGUUUCGACACCUUGUAGAGUCCAUGCCCGACAACCUGAUGCUGUUCUGAGGGCAAAAGGGGGUGCAACUCAAUAUUAGGAAGGGGUUCCUAAUAUUGUGUACACUCCGUUCCCAGCUAACACUGUCUUGCCCAAAUAUUUGUUUAUCUCAAUCUGUGUCCCUCUAGUUAAAACUCCAGCCCUUGGAUACUAUAUAAUAUGAUGACAUGUUUUAUGUAUUAGUGAAUUUUGAAUCAGGUAUUUAUAUUUCUCCCUGUGUCUGUUCUUGUUAGUUACACACAUUGGGCUCAUCCUCAUCCUCUCUCAGUUACAGGAAGUGAAGUAAAUAUGGUAACACCUGGGAUUUCCAGGUGAAAGUGUAAUGGAACAAAACUGGAAUUUCAGGAAUAAAAUGUUACCAUUGUGGAAGGUGGUACAUGUACAGUAUAUCCUGAAAGAAGAUAUUGAAUGUCUGACAGCAGUUGACAAUUAAUCAUCUGACAAAGGAUAUAUGAAUAUGAGACCGAUUCAAAUAUUGACUAAUUAAAACACUUGUCUGUUUGAGAAUUCAUCUCUAGAGGAACUCAAAGGAUGUGUACAUGAGCGUGUGUAUACUGUAGGUAGACACAGAUCAUUUUGUGUUGCGUAAUUAAUGAUUAUAUUGGGUUAAUUGACAGUGUAACUAAAGAUUGAACCCUGUCAUUACAUGUGAGUAUAAGACAAAAUUCAAUUGGAAUAUAAUUGUUUUCAUCAGAAAAUGUGUUGUAUUUAUAGAAAUUCCAUGGACAUACAGUAUGUGUAUAUACACUGCUCAAAAAAAUAAAGGGAACACUUAAACAACACAAUGUAACUCCAAGUCAAUCACACUUCUGUGA